AUGCGUUUCCUACCUGUCCUCGCGACGGCCCUGCUUGCCGUCGCCAAUGUGACGGGGGCCUCACCCGCAGCUUCGAGCGUGCCGGCGUCCGAAAACUCGGUUGCUGCUCAGGCUGAUACAGCUACCGGGACGACGUCGACGGCCAAUGCCGCCGCCCAUGCGGCCGAAGCAGCGGCCACGACCCAAGCGGCCACCUCGGAGGCGAGCGAACAGAGCGCCAACUCCGAGAACAGCAACAGUGCCAACUCGGCCGCUACGAGUCAAAGCAAUGCCGCCGAAACGGCCGUGAAUGUAGUGAACUCCCUGCUCGGCAACACCGCCUCCGCCAGUGCCAACUCGGCGGCCAGCACGGCCGCCGCGUCGGCCGCAGAGACCGGGAGUGCCUCGACGACCGCAAGCAGCACCAAGUCCGGGUCGACCUCGGAGAGCUCUAGCACAGACUCUGGUUUGGAGAGCACUAUCAGUAGCCUCCUGUCCAGCCUCACCGGCAGCAGCAGCAGCAGCUCCGGUUUGAGCAGCAUUUUGGGAGACUUGGGAGAUCUGCUGGACGGCCUGACGGGUCUAUUAAACCCUAGUCUGCUGUCUGAGAUUGAAGAUACCUUUGACUAUCUCUCGACUGCACUGGCCCCUCCUGUCGACACCAACCUCCGGGUUCUACUGUCCAACGAUAACACGCAGGCCAUAAGCAACCUGAUCGCCAAUGCCAACACCCUGUUGUCGACGAAGAACACCCAAACCUUAUCCAACAUCCUGAGCAAGGCCGACACCCUCCUCAGUGACAACAACCUGAACAAUCUUCAGAAGCUGCUCAACAAUAUUGACAAGGUCAACGAUCUGGUGGUGAAUGCGGACUCGCUGUUGACCAAGUCCAACAUCAAUGAGAUUGAGAGCCUGGUCAAGAAUGGCAAUGAUCUAUUGACGGCGUCCUUCGUCACCAAGACGAACUCUCUGAUCAAUGCGGCUUCGGAUCUGCUGACGACUGAGGUGACCAACGCUCUGAAGCAGCUCCUCAAUGCCGUCACGCCCUUGCUGCCGCAGAUCAAGGGCUUCCUCACCGAGCAGACAUUCAACGAGCUCGCAUCGCUGCUGUCGAAUGGCAAUGACCUGCUAACCAAGUCCUUCGUCUCCAAGACGCAGUCCCUGAUCAACGGCGCCUCGGAUCUCCUGACCACCGAUGUCACCAAUACGCUCAAACAGCUUCUGAAUGCCGCCGUCGAUCUCCUACCCGAGCUCAAGGCCUUGCUCACCAAGGAGACUCUGUCGGAGAUUGAGACACUGCUCGCCAACGCCAACUCGCUGUUGACCAAGGCCUUUAUCUCGAAGACCAACUCCCUCAUCGAUAAUGCCUCGGGCCUGUUGACAAGCGAUGUGACCAACGCCCUGAAGCAGCUUCUGAAUUCCGCCGUCGAUCUCCUCCCCGAGCUCAAGGCCUUGCUCACCAAGGAGACUCUGUCGGAGAUUGAGACGCUGCUCGCCAACGCCAACUCGCUGUUGACCAAGGCCUUUAUCUCGAAGACCAACUCCCUCAUCGAUAAUGCCUCGGGCCUGUUGACAAGUGAUGUGACCAAUGCCCUGAAGCAGCUCUUGAAUGCCGUUGUGGGACUCAUGCCCGAGCUGAAGGGCUUCCUUACCGAGUCGACGUUUGACAAGCUCCUUAACCUACUGGAUAACGGCAACGCCUUGCUCACAGACAGCUUCGUUAAUGAGACGCAAACCCUGGUGGCGAACGCUGAUGACUUAUUGACGCCAGACCUGGUCAGCGGCUUGAAGUCCAUCCUGUCCGAAGUCACCCCGCUGCUACCUGAGAUCAAGAGCCUGCUCACCAAGUCGACCAUUGAGGCGAUCAGCAGCCUUCUUAAGAACGCAAACAGUCUGCUCACGGCCGACUCUGUAAAGGAGAUAAUGAACUUGCUUGGAAAUGCCAAUGACCUCCUGACACCCCAUAUGGUCAAUGAGACACUUGGCUUGCUUGAUUCAGCGGAUGAUCUUCUCACACCGUACGUUGUGGGCGGUCUCCAUGAGCUUCUGAACGGCCUGGUGCCCGUGGUCCCAGACAUCAAGAAGGACUUCUUGAAUUCGACCACGCUCUCCAACCUUACUUACCUUCUCGGUAAUGGCACCACGCUUCUCACUCCCGCCUUUGUGGAAGAGACCUCGUCCCUUGUGGAAGGUGCGGGCGAACUUUUGACUCCUUCGAUGAUCAAGAGCCUCAAGGGUCUCUUGUCCGAUCUGGAUGACUCGAUGCCGGAGAUUAAGACUCUUAUCUCUUCGGACAGUGUGAAGAAGAUUUCGACUCUCCUCACCAAUGCCGAGAACCUGCUCACCAACAAGUUUGUCAACGAAACCACGACUCUGAUCGAUGACGUUUCGGGACUGUUGCCUUUGGUUGACACCAUUCUCAAUUCGCUAUAA